UGAUUCAGUUCGGGGUAUCAAAGUGUUUAUAGAAGACUCUGAUUCUAUUUUCAUAGACGGUGAAAGUAAUAUAGCCUUGAUUGAGUUUAAACCCUUGGCUGCCAAAGUUGCCUUCAAAUUGUUGUUCUUCGGGGAUUUGAGAUCAGAGAUUUCCUUUUUGAUUGAUAAAAAAUCACUAUUCCUAAGAUUG